AUGGCCUCGUCACCACUUCUCGCCACGUCACUACCGCAGAAACAGUUGACUUCUUCAUCUUCCUCCGCCGUUGCAACCGCCUGUAAAUUCCAUCUUCCGACGCCUGAUAAGCUUGCAAUUCUGAUAGACAGAUCGGAAUCAGUGAACGAAGUGUUCCAAAUCCACGCUGCUAUUCUCCGUUACAACCUCCUCCUCGAUCAUUACCCGAUUCUAAACCUGAAGCUCCACCGUGCAUACGCCUCCCACGGCAAAAUCCGCCACUCAUUAGCUUUAUUUCACCAGACGAUCGAUCCGGAUUUGUAUCUCUUCACCGCUGCGAUCAACACUGUCUCCAUUAACGGCCUCAAUGACAAAGCUUUCCUUUUUUAUGUUGAAUUGCUUUCUUCUGAAAUUGUCCCCAAUGAGUUUACUUUCUCGUCAAUUUUGAAAUCAUGCUCGAUUGAUUCCGGGAAAGCGAUUCAUACCCAUGUCCUUAAAUUCGGGUUGGGGUUGGAUCCGUACGUAGCGACUGGUCUCGUCGAUGUUUAUGCGAAAGGUGGAGAUUUAGUAUCUGCGCAGAAAGUGUUCGAUAGAAUGCCUGAGAGAAGAAGCUUAGUUUCUUCCACGGCUAUGAUCAGUUGCUACGCAAAGCAGGGGAAUUUUGAGUCUGCGAGAGCUUUGUUUGAGAGAAUGUGUGAGAGAGAUAUUGUUGCUUGGAACGUGAUGAUUGAUGGAUACGCUCAACAUGGGUUUCCUACUGAGGCUCUGAUGCUUUUUCAGGAAUUGUUGGCCGAAGGAAAACCAAAACCUGAUGAAAUAACCGUCGUGGCUACUCUCUCUGCUAUUUCGCAGAUUGGAGCGCUUGAAUCUGGGCGUUGGGUCCAUGUUUUCAUCAAGAACAGUCGUAUCAGGCUCAAUGUGAAAGUAUGUACGGCUUUGAUUGAUAUGUAUAGCAAAUGUGGGAGCUUGGAAGAGGCAAUUUUAGUGUUUAACGAUACUCCGAGGAAGGAUAUCGUGGCGUGGAAUGCGAUGAUGUCUGGUUACGCAAUGCAUGGUUAUAGCCAAGACGCGUUGAGAUUGUUUCAUGAGAUGCAGGAAAUCACAGGGUUGCAGCCAACAGAUAUAACUUUCAUCGCAACACUUCAGGCUUGUGCUCAUGCUGGUUUGGUGAACGAAGGGAUAAGAAUCUUUGAGUCUAUGGGACAAGACUAUGGGAUUAAACCUAAGAUCGAGCAUUACGGAUGCUUGGUUAGUCUACUCGGUCGUGUUGGCCAGUUAAAACGGGCUUACGAAAUCAUUAAAAACAUGAAAAUUGAGGCUGAUUCUGUUCUAUGGAGUUCUGUUCUUGGAAGCUGUAAACUUCACGGAGAUUAUGUGUUGGGCAAAGAAAUUGCAGAGUAUCUCAUUGGACAAGAAAACAUCACAAACUCAGGAAUUUAUGUUCUUCUUUCGAACAUUUAUGCAUCGAUGAGUGAUUAUGACGGCGUGGCAAAAGUGAGGAGCUUGAUGAAGGAGAAAGGAAUAGUGAAAGAGCCUGGAAUAAGCACGAUAGAAAUCGAUAACAAAGUUCAUGAAUUUCGAGCUGGAGAUCGAGGACACAUGAAAUGCAAGGAAAUUUACACAAUGCUAAGGAAGAUCGACGAGCGGAUCAAGUCUCAUGGUUAUGUUCCAAACACAAACGCGGUCUUGCAGGAUCUUGAAGAAACAGAGAAAGAGCAAUCUCUACAAGUCCACAGCGAGAGGCUUGCGAUCGCGUACGGUCUAAUCAGUACCAAACCGGGAAGUCCCUUAAAGAUUUUCAAGAACCUGCGAGUAUGUUCGGACUGUCAUACCGUGACAAAACUGAUAUCGAAAAUCACAGGACGGAAAAUUAUCAUGAGAGAUCGGAAUCGGUUCCAUCAUUUCGUAGAUGGUUCUUGUUCUUGCGGCGACUUAUGGUAA